AUGAAUAAUAAUAAGGAUUUGAAUAAAUUAUAUGAGAAUUAUGUAGAAGAUUUAAGAUCAUAUUUAAAUUGGUCAUUAAGUAAUUUAAAUAAAUAUAAAAAUGAAUUAAUUGAUAUUGGAUUUGUUAUAUAUUUGGAAUUAUAUUCCAAAUUAUUCAAAUUAUCCAAAUCAUAUGGGAAGAAUUAUAUAAUGGAAUUUAAGAAUGUGUUUAAUAAGAAAUUUGAGAAUUAUAUACAGAAAUUAUUACAAUAUAAAUUUUUAGAUCAAUUAGAUGAAUUAUUUUUAAUUAAUAUUGGUUAUAAUAAAUCUAAUAAAUAUAUUAUUGUUAUUACCAAGUAA